CUCUCUCCCUCUCUCUCUCCAAAUGCCAAAGCCUGGAGAACAACAACAAGAAGAAGAGCCACACUUCUCUGGUUUCCCCUCUUUCGGAGGAGGAGGCAGGGAGGGAGGCAGGCGAAGGUGGGGCAGCAGGAAGGCGGCUGCUUCCUCUGCUUCUUCCCCGAGGCAAGGCGGGCACUGAGGACCCAGGGCUUCGGAGGAGAAGGAGAAGAAGGCAGAGCCUCCCAGGAGCUGGAGCAGUGGCCCCCGAGGGGAGAAGCUGAGCCAGGCCUAGCCGAGGAAGAGGAAGAGGGGGCCCCUAAGAAAUAAAAAAUGGCAUUUCGGAAGGCAGUGAAAGGGACUGUCCUUGUUGGAGGAGGUGCUGUAGCAACUGUUUUUGGACUCUCACAACUUUCUCAAUAUAGAAAAAAGCACAGUCACCUGGUGUCUGUAGAAGCUUCUGAAUGUAAACCCUUACAGAUGCACAAGUCUCUUCCCAGCAGAGAAAAUCAACUACAGGCCCUGCAACAGACCUGUGAAUUUGACAUUCUUGUCAUAGGUGGAGGUGCUACUGGAAGUGGUUGUGCCUUAGAUGCCGUCUCAAGAGGCCUAAAAACAGCCCUUGUAGAAAGAGAUGAUUUUUCAUCAGGGACCAGCAGUAGAAGCACUAAAUUGAUCCAUGGCGGAGUGAGAUAUCUUCAGAAGGCCAUCAUGAAGUUGGAUUUUGACCAGUACAGAAUGGUGAAAGAAGCUCUCCAUGAACGUUCCAAUUUGCUUGAAAUUGCACCUCAUCUGUCCUCUCCUCUGCCAAUUAUGCUUCCUGUUUACAAAUGGUGGCAGUUGCCGUACUAUUGGGUGGGAAUUAAACUCUAUGACCUUGUAGCAGGAAGUCAGUGCCUGAAAAGUAGCUAUGUGCUUAGUAAAUCAAGAGCCCUGGAACUAUUUCCUAUGUUGCAGAAAGACAGACUUGUAGGUGCCAUUGUCUACUAUGAUGGACAGCACAACGAUGCACGAAUGAACCUUGCCAUUGCCCUCACUGCUGCCAGGUAUGGUGCUGCCAUAGCCAAUUAUACUGAAGUGAUGCACUUGCUGAAGAAGACUGAUUCAAAUAGUGGGAAGAGCCGUGUCUAUGGAGCAAGGUGCAGAGAUGUUCUAACAGGGCAGGAAUUUGAUGUCAAAGCCAAAUGUGUUAUCAAUGCUACAGGACCUUUCACAGACUCGGUGCGGAAAAUGGAUGAUCAGGAAGUACCAAACAUCUGUCAGCCAAGUGCAGGUGUUCAUAUUGUCAUGCCUGGCUAUUACAGCCCUGAUAACAUGGGACUCCUGGACCCAUCCACUAGCGAUGGACGAGUGAUUUUCUUCUUGCCAUGGCAAAAGAUGACUAUUGCUGGUACCACGGACACUGCAACUGAAGUCACCCCUCACCCAAUUCCUACAGAAGAAGACAUCAACUUCAUUUUGACAGAAGUGCGCAACUAUCUUAGUUGUGAUGUUGAAGUAAGGAGAGGUGAUGUUCUGGCAGCAUGGAGUGGGAUUCGUCCUCUUGUGACAGAUCCCAAUUCCAAAGACACCCAGUCAAUAUCCCGGAACCAUGUAGUACAUGUUAGUGACAGUGGACUUGUGACCAUAGCAGGUGGGAAAUGGACUACGUAUCGUUCAAUGGCACAAGAUACCAUAGAUGCUGCUGUAAAAGCUCAUGGCCUUCAUGCCGGUCCCUGUAAGACUGUAGGACUUCUCCUUCAAGGUGCAGCGGGUUGGAGCCCUACCCUUUAUAUCCGACUGGUUCAAGAUUAUGGAAUGGAAAGUGAGGUGGCUCAGCAUCUUGCAAGUACAUUUGGCGACAAGGCUUUUGAAGUGGCCAAGUUAGCUCAAGUGACUGGAAAGAGAUGGCCUAUUGUUGGAAAACGUCUUGUAUCAGAAUUUCCUUACAUUGAGUCAGAGAUUGAAUAUGGGAUCCAAGAGUAUGCUUGCACUGCUGUCGAUAUGAUUGCCCGUCGCACACGCUUGGCUUUUCUGAAUGUGCAAGCAGCUGAUGAAGCUUUACCAAGAAUUAUUGAGAUCAUGGGAAAGAAGCUGAAAUGGAGUGAACAGAAGAAGAAGGAGGAGCUCGCGGAGGCAAAGAAGUUCCUGUACUAUGAAAUGGGCUACAAGGCACGCUCAGAGCAGUUGACGGAUCGUAGCGAAAUCACUCUGUCCCCAACAGAUAUUGAGAGAUAUAAAAAGAGGUUCCACAUGUUUGAUAAAGAAGGCAAAGGUUUUAUUACCGUAUUGGACGUGCAGCGUGUGUUAGAGAGCAUCAACUUUCAAAUUAAUGAAAGUGCACUCCAUGAGAUUUUGAAUGAAGUGGAUUUGAACAAAAAUGGGCAGGUUGAACUCAAUGAAUUUUUGCAACUCAUGACUGCUAUUCAGAAAGGAUCUAUCUCAGGAAGCCGGCUAGCGGUACUUAUGAAAGCUGCUGAAGAGAACAUUUCUCGGCGUGAUGUGAUUUCAGUGGAUCGGAGUGGUGGCGGACUGUGAGUUCUGGGAGCUUACAGCUGCAGAAUGGUGUCCUAUGUAGCUGCCUCUCUUGCUGCUGAAAAAACCCACACAUUCCCGGCUUUCAGAUGUUGCUGCUUCCUCUACUCAAACCUGUCUGGCACUGAGCAACUGUGCAGAAAACUUCAUUGUUGCAGUUUGUUCUUCCCUUACAUUUGCUGUGAGGGUCCUGCUGUUCUGACUUGUGGCUGGCUGAACUGGGCGUAUGUUGUUUCUGCUUUGUGCAGAAGAUAGAUAAGCAUUUGGAGUAAGGAAGUAUGUUCGGGAACUGAGAUUCAGAUGCCUUUUUCUGGACUAACCUUUGGCUGCAUUCUGGAGCCAUGGUAGACAAGGUUGCAGGUGAAAUUUUACUCUGACAUCUGCAUCUUGUAUGGUGGUUCCCACCCUUCCUUUUACAGUUUGCUGCCUUGACCUGACAAAGGUAGAAGAUGCCAGCAUGCUUUGUGUGUCCUUUUUAAAGGGGGAGAGAUUGUCUUGUGAUAAAUAUUCAUCUUUGGCCUAUAACAGGUUAUGGUAUUUUUUACAUAGUAACUCUAUAAAACGAGCAUGUCAAAAAAGUGAUUAACCAUUGGCAAGAAAAAGAGUGUAUCUAGGAUUUAUUUAUUUAUUGGCAAAAUAGCACCCAAAAACAAGUGAAAAUCAUGCCAAGGAAUUAUUAACUGCUGCUGGACCUAGUUCUGCUAAUGUUAGAUUGAGGGGCAAAACAGACUGCCAUAAAAAGCCGGCUUCCAGCCAACUUGGGAGUGUGGCAUACAGAUGACACAUGCCCCAUGCUGCCUGGCUGCCCAUUCUUGGGCUGGGUUCUGGGCACUCCGGCAGCACAGUGUUUACACGCUGCAUGCUGCCAGAGUGCCUGAAAGCCAGCUUCCAUCCAUAGCAGACCAGAAAAGCCAGCUUUUUGCUGCCACAAAAAGGAGCGGCUAUUUACAGCUUCUUUUGGAGUCAGCAAAAAGGUGGAUUGGGGCUGGGGCAUGCAGUUGCUGUGGCUCCAAUCUGGCUUUCUCAGGUUCGGCUUCAAGUUGCCCUUUUGGGGCAGUCCUUUUCACCCCCAAGUCUCAAGGAAACUACUGAAGUUUAAGUAACUUUGUCCUAUACAACAGCUGAGUUACAGAUAAAUUUCUGAAAAGCACACUAAGGCCCCAUUCAGACUCACCUAUUUGCGCUGGAUGGAACUGGGCAGAAUCGGGUCCCCCCCUCCUGAAUCCCUCCGGAAGCAAGUGCCCACUAAUAAUUUACCUCAAUCACGGUAAUUAAACCCUGAAGGCUCUUGCGGAGAGUUCACAUUUGCGGAACCGGUUUAAAAUGAAGGCACCUUUGCUGUCAAUCAAAUUCAGUUCUGCUUUCGUCAAGGUGAUGUUUCCUACAGCCAUUGGGCAAUCGGAUGUGUGCUUCCC